AUUGGGGAUCCCAUGGCAGGAUCACAAUCCUUGGUCAGUAGUACUAACAGUGUAUCAGUUACUACCUCUGCCACAACAACAACAGCAGCUUCUGGGCUGGCGGUGACUAUUGUUAGUCCCUCGGUAUCUGUUCCAGUUGCCACCCCAGCUCAGGAGCCUGUUGCUGGGCCUUCCCAUACUUAUAACCCAGGGACUUUUUACUCUACGCGGCAAAGAACCUAUGUUCCGGCUAAAAGAGCUCGGGUUGAACCCACCCCACAAACUACAAGCAAGGGAAGCUGUGGCAAAGGUAGUAACAAGAAGGGGAAGAAGGGGAAAGAGCCUGUUGCUUCUGCAGCCCCAUCAGAACAACAUUUCCUCUCCUAUGAUGAUCCAGAUGUCGGGAACCCCCUCCCUGGCUUUACCCCACCACCUUUCACCCCUAGUAGGGAGCCUGGUGUCCACCUUGAGGGUCCAAACCUCAGAAAUAAAAUGGUGAAGGCAUUAGACUUUUUUAAAUUGUAUUUCACUGAUGAAUUGGUGGGGGAUAUAGUCCAGCAUACAAACACCUAUGCAUACAUCCAACUUGGGGACGAAAACAGCCAACAUCGUAGUUACGGGGAAUCGGAUGGAAGCUGGCGGGACACUACCCCUGAAGAAAUGCUAAGGUUUAUUGCCCUUUUGAUUUAUUUUGGGCUGGUAAGAGUGGUAGGGGAUUCAACUAAAUAUUGGAGCACUGCAACUUUAUACCAUGGUCUCUGGGCAAGAUCCAUUCUAUCCAGGAAGCGGUUUAGAGCCCUCAUGGCCCUACUGCAUGUCGUGGAUCCCUGUAAUGAGCCUGCUGGUAACAAAUUACAUGAGGUACAGGGUUUUGUUGAUUUCAUGAAGGGGCGGUGUAAGUUGUUGUACCAGCCUAGGCAACAUGUAGCUAUUGAUGAGCGCAUGGUCAAGUCCCGGCACAGAUCGGGAAUCCGCCAAUACAUCAAAGAUAAGCCUAUAAAAUAUGGGAUUAAGUUUUGGGUUUUGGCGGACAGCUCCACCGCCUAUGUUGUUGAUUUCAAUAUUUACUCUGGGAAGGCAGCUGGGCGGGAAAUUAGUGCCCAUGGGCUGGGGUAUGAUGUUGUCCGUAAGCUUAUGGGGGACUAUGAAAACCAGGGAUACCAUCUUUAUGUGGAUAAUUUCUACUCCUCCAUGACUCUUGCCAAGCACUUGUUUCAACAGGGGAUACUCUUUACUGGCACCAUCUUGGAAAACAGGAAAGACUUCCCGCCAAGUCUGAAAAAUGGCAAGCAGUGGGCUAAGGGGCAACCCAGGGGAGCUAUGCGGUGGGAGAGGGACCCCCCUGUCCUUGCUAUGCAAUGGGUGGAUAACAGGGUGGUAUCUAUGAUUUGUACGGCCUCCAAUGCAAACGACAAAGUCCAGGUAAAACGCAAAAAGAGGGAGGGUGGUGCAUGGCAGAUCAAUAAUGAGGUACAACAGCCAUUGGCAUUCCAAGCCUAUAAUCGUUAUAUGAAUGCCGUAGAUCGAUCAGAUCAGAUCUUGGCUACGCACAAUGUCCAACGGAAGUGUUUGAAAUGGUGGAAAGCCAUUUUUUUCCACCUUAUUGACCUGGCUGUUGUGAAUUCCUUUAUUCUGUUCUUAGAACAGCAAAGGAGGUUCCCUGAUUAUGAACAACUUCAACGCCCACCCAAAUAUAAUCUUCAAAGUUUCAGGGAGGAGCUGAUUCGAAACAUCUGUGAUCUUCCCCCUUCUGACCAACCCCCUGCCCAAACUCGUGUGCAUCCUCAACCACCCCAGGGAAGGUUUGAUGUGGAACACUCCCCAAUUUUUUUGGAUGAGAAAAAGGAUUGUGUGGUUUGUGCCAAGAGGGAGAAAGUUCGUAAGAGGGUUUACACGUCCUGCAGUGCUCCUCAGUGUCGUGGGAAGCACAUGCAUUUCACCAAGGACAAUAACUGUUGGCAGAUUUUCCACUCCAGGGAGUUUCACGACACACAGUGACUUGAUCGCUGUCUCCCUGGCUAAAUUUUCAAUUUUCAUGUCCCUGGGUCAGUUGUUUUUGUUUCAUGUUGUGUUGGGUAUUAAAAAAAGGGGAAAGAAUCGCCUUGUUUUCAUGUCUACAUUUAUUGCCUUUAUUUUGAUCAAAUACUAAUUGUUUUUUUCCGACGAGUGGGGUCUGUCAUCUGUCAGGAGAUGGCAGGGGUGAGAGGUGGGUGCCCCACAGCUUUUUUUCUUAUCUCAUCAGAACUUCUUCCAAGGAAACUCAUCUGAGGCUUAUGAGAUGAAGGAAAGGAAAAGUGUGUGGAUCUGCUCUUCUUCAGUAUGUGCUCUUUAUCCAAAUGUGGAGGAUGUCUUCUCCAUAUGAUGAAGAACAUUUUAAUUGUGCAAUUUACUUAAUAUUCAGCUGCAUCAUGCAUCAAACUUUACUCAAAGUAAAAAUUGUUACUUAAUUUAUGCAAAUAAUUUUUGCAUAAAUAUGUAGACCUUAAUAUAUUUUUUUGUAAGCUUAUUCUCUCAGCUCUCAGAGGUAUAGAAUUCCUCUCCUCUGAACAUAAUUUAGGUGCCAGAAUUUAAAAAUUAACUGUGGUCAAAUUGUGCUUUUUUUGUUGGUACGAUAAAGAAAUUCUUUAUUUAGUAAUGAGUCUUGUCCAAGUUCUCUACUAAACAGAUUGUGGUUUCAGAUGGUAUUGCUGGCUGAAGCAUUUUUGACUAAUUUUAAAAGACUCUGCUAGAAAAUCUAAAUUUUAGAUUGCUUGUCAUCGUUUAAACAUUGAUACGAUGAAGUCUGAUGAAUGUUAAGAUCUAGAAGUUCUGUAGGUCAAUGUCAAGUCUAAGAGACCAUUAUUUAAUUAACUGUUUUUUUUUUCUGUAAACAUACUUGAGGUUUCCUUUCGACCUUGGUUAUGAUUUACCGGAAAUUGAGAGACAAGGCCAAAUCAUAUUACAAAUAUGUUAAACAUGAUUUCUAUUUCCUUGGUCAUGACUGGGUCAGGAUUAUUUGAUAAAUUUGUAAUAUCAUACAAGUAAGUUAGACAAAUUCCGCAUAAAAGCAGAAACAUGUUUCACUGUGAAACUGUGUUACAGUGACAAAA